AUGUCACACCGCAAAUUUGAGCGUCCAAGACAUGGGUCUCUAGGCUUCCUUCCAAGAAAAAGAGCGAAGCAUCAUAGAGGUAGAGUGCGUAGCUUCCCUAAGGAUGACCCUAGCAAGGCUCCUCACCUCACAGCUUUUAUUGGCUACAAAGCAGGAAUGACACACAUACUUCGUGAGGUCAAUAAGCCAGGCUCCAAACUUCACCAAAAAGAAGUCAUUGAAGCUGUCACCAUUGUAGAAACCCCUCCUAUGGUAAUUGUAGGGCUUGUUGGCUACAUUGAAACACCUAGAGGUCUCAAAGCUCUUACCACUGUCUGGGCUCAGCACCUUAGCGAAGAAUGCAAGAGAAGAUUUUACAGAAACUGGGUCAAAUCAAAGAAACGCGCUUUUGUAAAAUAUGCAGCAUAAAUAAAAUGGCAUUCGGUUCGAGAGAAAUUAGCUUUGCUAAUUUUCUCUCCCUCAUGGAAUUUUAUUUAUGGGGUUAGGUUUUCACUCGAGAACUUCUGGACAGCAAUAGCGGUUUAACUCUGGGGAUGACCAGAGGAACUGCUCCUCAGUCCUCUCAAGAUUUCGGGCUUUUACCUCUCAGCACAUCUCCAAGGGAAGAUGACCCUCAGGCGGAACACGCGCAGGAGCUGAGUCUAGACAAGGGCGACGGCAUCGCGCCGGUGAGACGUGCAGCAAGGCUGGUGUAGCAGGAGUUGAUAGAAGGCUUGGCCAGGGCUGACCUGUACCAAGAUGGCUCGCCUACGUCAUUAGUUUUGCCAUAGGUCCAUUUUGGGCUGCGGCACUAGACACCUUAAACACCAGAUAAUUAAGUAAGUAAGUAAAAUAUGCAGCAAAGUAUGAGUCUGGCACAGAAAUCAAAAGAGCCUUAGACAGAAUAAAGAAGUAUUGCUCUGUUGUUAGAGUCAUCGCUCACACACAAACUCAGCUUGUCGGAUUCUCACAAAAGAAAGCUCACAUCAUGGAAAUUCAAGUAAACGGUGGUAGCAAUAUUGCUGAGAAAGUAGACUGGGCUUAUGCUAAAUUCGAACAAAAGGUAGCUGUCAGUGAAGUUUUCCAGCCAAACGAAAUGAUUGACACUAUUGGAGUUUGCAAAGGCAAAGGCUUCAGUGGAGUCGUAAGAAGAUGGGGAGUCAAACUUCUACAAAGAAAAACUCACAGAGGUAGGCGAAAAAUUGCUUGUAUUGGGCCUUGGCAUCCAUCAAGAGUCAACUUCGCUGUCCCAAGAGCUGGUCAAAGAGGAUAUCACCAUAGAACUGAAAUCAAUAAAAAGAUUUACAGAAUUGGAAAAGCAGAAGACCCAAAGAAUGGCAGCACUGAUCAAGACAUUACAGAAAAGAAAAUCACUCCAAUGGGAGGAUUCGCUCACUACGGAGUUGUCAAGAACGACUUUUUAAUGGUAAAAGGAGCCAUUAUCGGAACAAGAAAGAGAGUCAUCACUCUUAGAAAAUCUCUGAUUACUAACGUUUCAAGAGCUGCUGCAGAACAAAUCUCCCUUAAAUUUAUUGAUACAAGCAGCAAGUUUGGACAUGGCCGAUGGCAAACAUCAGAAGAAAAAUAUGCAUUCUUCGGACCACUUGCUCGCAAGCAGCAUAAAGAAGAAGCUAAAGCAGAAUAA